AUGAACAAGACAGAUCAGCAACCUUCUAGAAUUAGAAUUCAAAUCCAAAAUCCUUACAAUUUUAUUUAUUUUUUAAUUGUUAUUAUUAUUGAAAUAAAAAUCUAGCAACAUAAUCUUACCAUCAAGAUUCAAGUGUCAUCAUGCAUGAAAUAACAAACUAUGCAAAAACAAACCCAAAAUGAAUAUGAUACUUAUUGCUAUGCUGCGUUCCAAAAACCUUGUACGCCAUGUAUUCCCCAAACGUUGUAUGUUUCACAAUCUCUACACUUCAACUACACAACCAGAUCCACAAACCAUAGCCACAAACGUAAACACACAAAUACGUACUCUUUCCUUACAAGGUAAUCUUGAAGAAGCACUUUCACUUGCUUACACUCACUCUUCUCUAACACUUCAAGACUAUGCCUUUCUCUUCCAUGCUUGUUCUCAGAAAAAGUACAUUCAACAAGGCAUUAAACUGCACCGUUACAUAAUUGAAAAACAACCCACAAUUCAAAAUGAUCUCUUUAUCACAAAUAACCUCCUAAACAUGUACUGCAAAUGUGGCCAAUUAGAUUAUGCUCGCUACCUGUUUGAUAAAAUGCCAAGGAGAAACUUUGUUUCUUGGACUGUUCUCGUUUCUGGGUAUGCUCAAUCUGGUUUAAUCAGAGAGUGUUUUUCGCUGUUUUCUGGCAUGUUGGCUUAUUUUCGUCCCAAUGAAUUUGCGUUUGCAAGUGUGCUCAGUGUUUGUGAGCAGCGUGAUAUCGAAUAUGGCUUGCAGGUACAUGCUGUUGCUUUGAAAAUGUCGUUGGAUGUCAAUGUGUAUGUUGCAAAUGCCCUUAUUACAAUGUAUAGCAAGUGUUCUGGUGGUUUCGGUGGAGGUUAUAAUCAAACUUCGGAUGAUGCGUGGGCUGUUUUCAAGUCAAUGGAGUAUAGAAAUCUUAUAUCUUGGAAUUCGAUGAUUUCAGGUUUUCAAUUCCGUGGACUUGGGGACAAAGCUAUUGGCCUGUUUGCAUAUAUGUAUAGCAAUGGAAUUGGGUUUAACUGUGCCACAUUACUCGGUGUUUUGUCGUCGUUGAAUCAAUGCAGUACUUUGGAAGAUGACAUCAACAACACAUAUCUCAGGAACUAUUUUCAAUUGCACUGUCUCGCUAUUAAAAGUGGUCUUAUUUCAGAAGUUGAAGUGGUAACUGCAUUGGUAAAAUCCUAUGCAAAUCUAGGGGAUCACAUUUCUGACUGUUAUAAGCUCUUUCUCGAUACGAGUGGUCGACAUGAUAUUGUGUCAUGGACUGCUAUUAUUUCCGCGUUUGCAGAACAGGAUCCUGAGCAGGCUUUCCUUCUUUUCUGUCAACUUCAUUUGGAAAAUUUUGUGUUGGAUCGACAUACAUUCUCAAUCGCCUUAAAAGCUUGUGCGUACUUUGCGACGGAGCUAAAUGCAAUGGCAGUUCACUCACAAGUAAUUAAACAAGGGUUUCAAGAAGAAACAGUUGUUUCAAAUUCCUUGAUACAUGCUUAUGGGAGGUCUGGCUCCUUAGCUUUGUCUGAACAAGUAUUUGACGAAAUGGGUUGCCAUGAUUUGGUUUCUUGGAAUUCAAUGCUCAAGUCUUAUGCCAUGCAUGGUCGAGCUAAAGAUGCAUUGGAGCUCUUCUCGCGAAUGGAUGUCCACCCAGAUUCUGCAACUUUUGUUGCUCUUCUCACUGCUUGCAGUCACGCUGGACUUGUUGAAGAAGGGUUGAAGAUUUUCAACUCUAUGACUGAAAGUCAUGGUAUUUCUCCGCAAUUAGAUCACUAUGCCUGCAUGGUUGACCUUUAUGGACGAGCUGGGCAGAUAUUUGAGGCAGAGGAGUUGAUACGCAAAAUGCCAAUGAAACCUGAUUCUGUGAUUUGGAGUUCACUACUCGGAUCUUGCAGGAAGCACGGCGAGGCUGACUUAGCCAAAUUGGCAGCGGAUAAAUUUAAAGAGUUAGAGCCUAAAAAUUCGUUGGCGUAUAUACAAAUGUCAAACAUAUAUUCCUCCGGAGGUAGUUUUAUUGAAGCUGGCUUGAUGAGGAAGGAAAUGAGAGACUCUAAAGUGCGAAAAAGACCUGGAUUAAGCUGGGUUGAGGUUGGAAAGAAGGUUCAUGAAUUCACAUCUGGUGGCCAACAUCAUCCAAAAAGAGGGGAUAUAUCGAGCCAGCUUGAGAUAUUGAUCAUAAAAUUGAAAGAAAUAGGUUACGCUCCCAUGACGAGCGCAGCUUUGCAUGACAUUGAAAUUGCGCACAUAGAAGACCAACUGUUUCAUCAUAGUGAGAAGUUGGCAUUGGUAUUUGCUAUAAUGAAUGAAGGAAUUUUGCCUUUUGGUGGGAGUGUCAUUAAAAUAAUGAAGAAUAUCCGUAUUUGUGUGGAUUGUCAUAACUUCAUGAAAUUAGCAUCAAAACUAUUUCAGAAGGAGAUUGUUGUAAGAGAUUCAAAUCGCUUUCACCAUUUCAAAUAUGCAACAUGCUCUUGUAAUGACUAUUGGUAACAUACCACCUGCUGCAUCCCCCUGUUGGCUGCAAUGACUAUUAGUUAUACACUGCCUACAAUCCUCAACUUGAUCGCACUAUGCAUGCAUGGUAGACCUUUUAGCCAUAGUUUUGAUUGAUAGAAAGAGAAGGAAUGACACUAGUUCAUAGUUAGGUUUGUUUGAUGGAAUGCUUUAUGUUCCAUUUCAUCCAAGGCUCCUAUGUUUCUUUCUCCCAAUUUGGAGAACAUGAGAUGGAAACUUUAUUUUUAUUCCAUCCCAUUUCAAUUUCCUCAUUAAAUACAGAAUCAACGAAAUUAUAAUUUAACUGUUUUAUUUCAACUUA